AUGUCACAAACUAUAUCAAUGACAAUUCUGGAGUCUGAGCCAAUCCAGGCUUACCAGUCUUAUCCAUCUCUUUUCCAACUUGGAAACGAGAUCCCUCAAUUCGACAUUUCCUAUCGCUGGUGGGAAGAUGAUGCCAAAACCAUUUUAUGGGCGUUUAAGAUUUCAGAAAUCAGCCAGGUGGCCCGCUAUCGACUCUUUUCUGACGAGGCCCUUCCACGAGCGUCUCUUUUGAGUCGCAAUCCAGAUACUAUUGACAUGUUUCUUGCUGAUCUCUCUGAUCCAUCUGAAUACCAAUUCCUUGAAAGCCUUUCCCAUUUGCAAAGGGUGGAAGAAAUCCUGCGGAGGAUGGAUAUUCCCAAAUUCCAGCCAGUUCCUUGGAGCUGGUUUCCUCCAGCACCAGACCUUCUAAAUCCCCAUGAUCCUUGCGAGAUUGCCAGUGCUAUUGAGACGGAGAGUCAUUUUCAUUUCAGCAAAAUCGCUUUCGAAGAGAUCGUGCGUGCCUCUCUCGGAUACGGGUACAAGGCAGUUUCCGUCGACUGGUUCUUACUACAACAUAAUGCUCUAUUUGUUCACCUCCUCGACCAUCUAAAAGCCCACCCUGAAGAAAUCAAUCUUUAUGUAGAGGUUGAAAAGCAUUUACGCUCAAAGAGCCCGUUUGCCCGCCGAGCUUUAGUAGAAUGUAUACAUAAUAUUCGACCUGAAGCUACCGAGAGAAUGCCAAUUUCAACGGACCUCGGUUUUGAAUUCAUUUCAGGUCCCAUUCAGGCCUUGUUAAGGACUCUACAAACACCGAGUUUAACAGUGAUGUUGAAGAUCUUCAGCGUUCUAGCAAUCCGCUAUCGCCAGCAAUAUUUGCAUGCCUCCUCUCGAUGCAUGGACUGGAACUCGCCUUUCAACACGACAAGUCUCCUUCUAGAAGACUAUAUCCAUUCUGGGGUACCUGCGGAUCUGGCUCAUAUUUUGACAAGCACUGAUGAAAUGGAUUUCGAGGGAGUAUCUAGCCAGGCCAUUAUUAGCAAUGAGCCGGAAGUGAGACGUCUUAUAAAAAACUGGCACACUCUUAGCAUUUCUGUCUGGGAGUGUUGCUCUGCAUCACCGGAGAUGACCAAAUUUCUACGAGAAACCACACCGAUUCUCUAUAGCAAACGCAACUAUUACUCUUUGACGGCCAUACUAGACGGUCUUCGCAGAUAUGCCGCCACCACAGCAAAAUCUCAUGAGCUGAACAUGAACGGUUCUACCGUCCCGAGCAUGGUCGUUUUGGAACCCCUUCAACCCUCACAGUUACAGUUUCUCAUGAAUUCGGAUGAUAACUUUGUUGCCUAUCGCGAGCACUACUACCAAUAUCCCGGUCUCCCAUUUCUCAUUCCUCACAUUCGUGAUCCAAACCCUUGUGCCAUCCAGUCAGUUCUUGAUUAUUUGAAGACAAAUCUUUAG